CUAAACGUAGCAAACUGUGAAAAGAUCAACUUUGACAGUUUGAAAGAUCUAGUCCUGGACUAUUGCACGGGUCUGCAAGAAAACACCUCAAAAAAGAUAGAGGUGCAACAGCCCUCGAUUGUAAGAAACAAAAAUCAGUGGCAAAUAGAGACAAAAACCCUUAAAAAACACAAAGGUGUUUAUAACAAGAGGGUCCUAGGAGAAGGGUUUAAAACCCGGCCCUUCGGCUUUUGAAAAAUGGAUACGAGGUGGAAACACCCCUUUUCUGCAAUUCUCGCAGGGCCUAGCAACUGUGGGAAAAGUUACUUUAUAAAAAACGUAUUGGAUAAUGCCAAACACACACUGUCUGUUAUGCCUGAGAAUACUGUGUGGUGUUACAGUUGUUGGCAACCUCUGUAUAAAGAACUGCUCUGUAAAUAUCCCUUUACUAAUUUUGUGGAGGGUCUGCCUAAUGCUUUUGACGAUGACCAUUUGUUUCCUACUAAUAAAGUGAAUCUGAUUAUCGUGGAUGAUCUGAUGAACUCUGCUUGUGAAAGCGAUGAAAUUGAGAAAGCCUUUACCAAGUACGUGCACCACAGGAAAUUGAGCAUUAUGUAUAUCGUUCAGAACGUAUUUUGUCAGGGGAAAAAGAGCCGUACGAUUAACCUAAACACUAAGUACAUGGUUCUGUUCAAAAACCCCAGGGAUAAACUGCAAAUCGCUACGCUUGCUCGGCAAAUUUACCCCGGCAAGGCUCAAUUCUUUCUAGAAGCUUUUGAGGAUGCUACCAAAAGACCUUAUGGCUACCUGGUGGUGGAUUUAAAUGCGUCCACGCCAGAAGCUUAUAGACUAAGAACUGGUCUUUUCCCUCCAGACUGGCCGGUGGCUUCUACUUUGAAAAGAACAACCGCCGGGUAUAAAAAGAGAUGAUUUAUCGGCAGACCCUUUUUAACAGCUGGGGGUUGCCGACCGAAAACAUGUCUAGCUGCGUGAAGAGAAACCUGGCUCUUUUAAAAUUACUUAGCAAAUCACCCCCGCAGCAAAGGAAGGCUAUACUGUGUUUGGCCUCUGACGAUUUAGUAGCGGCCAUCUCAGAACUAGCACUCAAUACCUUAAAAGGAAACGUGCCUUUGACGCAGAAUCAAGUGAGCGUGCUGAAAAAGAAACGCACGCUUAUAAAAACAUUGUCUAAUAAAAGGGUCUCGCUUAAAAGAAAGAAGCAUCUGGUGAAGCAGUCUGGGGGGUUUAUCGGCCCUUUGUUAAGUUUUGCUGUCCCUCUGAUAACGGGGCUUUUGAAUAACCGAUAAUGGAGUAUGCAGAAAAAAUGUACCUGGUGCCCAGUCAUCAGCUGGAGCAAUUAAGGGCUCCCCCUCCAGUGGAGGAAAAUAUCAGAACAACUGCAACUCGCUUACUGGAUGCUGAAAUGAAGUCUGUUCUUCAAAGGACUGACUUAGCCGAAUACGAAAAGGCUAAACUCUACAGCGCUGUGCUUCAGAGAUACCUAACGUACGUGAGGCAAAGUGAUGCAGAUAAAAGGAAAAUAAGUCUGUUUCUACCAGAACAGAGUGACACCGCCAAACCUCCAGAAACAGAAAACACCUCAGACUCUGUGGUUCAGGAGCUGUUGGAUAACGUGAAUAAGCGUUAUAAGAAAAACGCCUCAGUGUUGCUAAAUAAGCUGGGCCAGGAUAAAACUAUCGCUUCCUGGAAUGAUAAAGGUGCAUUUGUGUACAAAGGCUCGGUGGUUAAUGGUUCUAACAUGCUUGACUUAGUCAGAGCCGUCACCCAGACGCGUUCUGUCCCUAGCAGACAUGUACCUAAAGGGUGGGAAGUGUUUAUAAAUGCCAUGGCAGAACUAAACGCCCCAUCUUCCAUCAUGGGCAGUGCAGACAACAGAGUUCUUUGGGAACGCCUGAAGGCCUCAGCCACUGACACUGGGAUGGAUCGAGAAACACCGACUCCUGUUUUGCCUUCUAAAAACCGAAAAUUGGCUAAACUAUCUGACUGGCUCAGUGUGUGAAGUUUGUCAUGUUCU